AGUCAGCGUGUAAACGAGUGUGCUCCUCCAUACAGUUGCGUACUGCUGCUGCAGCUCUCAGCGCAACUCCACUGCAUGCAACAUGGACACUACGAGCAGCGGCCAGCCGCGGAGGAUCUGAGCGCGCCUCGGGACCGCUGCUGACACGCGAUACGCCACACUGGGGCAAGGAUGAGGUGCCAUCCAGCAGCCGCACACUGGUAGGCGAGUCGUCAGUUGCCAGCGAUGUCAAAGACUCUGAAAAAGAAGAACCACUGGACGAACAAAGUCCACGAAGCGGUGCUCACCAGGAAUAAGGAGGGUGAGCUGGGGUUCGACUUGAAAGGGGGCGCCGAGAACGGCAAUUUCCCUUAUUUUGGGGAGGUGAAGCAGGGUGAGGUGGCCAUCCAGAGCGGCAAGCUGUCCCAGGACGAGCUGCUCUUGGAGGUCAACGAUACACCGGUGGCGGGGCUCACCAUCAGGGAUGUGCUGGCCGUGAUCAAGCACUGCAAAGACCCGUUCCGGCUGAAGUGCGUGAAGCAAGGAGGUGUUGUGGAUAAAGAUCUCCGGCAUUAUCUCAACCUACGGUUCCAGAAGGGUUCAGUGGACCACGAGCUUCAGCAAAUCAUACGUGAUAACCUCUACCUCCGGACUGUGCCGUGCACAACAAGACAGCCCAAAGAGGGGGAGGUCCCAGGUGUGGACUACAACUUUGUGAGCAUUGAGCGGUUUAUGGAAUUAGAGAAAAGUGGGGCUUUGUUAGAAAGUGGAACAUACGAAGAUAACUUCUAUGGCACGCCAAAGCCUCUUGCCGAACCCACGCCGAUGCUGUUUAAUGUGACGGACCAACUCUUGCCCGGUGCCCGACCCAGUGCAGAGGGAAAAAGGAAGAGAAAUAAGUCCGUCAGCAACAUGGAGAAGGACAGCAUUGAGCCACCAGAAGAGGAGGAGGAAGAGAGCCCCAUCGUCAAUGGCAACGGCAUCGCCAUCACACCAGAAUCGAGCGAACACGAGGACAAGAGUACUGACGCUUCCGGAGACGUGCCCGUCCAGUCAUGCCCACCCGAGACCCCCACCCUCACCGCCACAGAUGCCCCUGAGGAGGAAGGAGACACUCCCAAGUCCCCACAAGACUCCCAGGAGAAUGACGACAUGGGCCCUUUGCCAGAUAACUGGGAGAUGGCCUACACUGAGAAAGGAGAAGUUUACUUCAUAGAUCACAAUACCAAAACAACGUCAUGGCUCGACCCUCGACUAGCGAAGAAAGCCAAGCCCCCAGAGGAUUGUGAGGAAGAUGAACUUCCAUAUGGCUGGGAGAAAAUAGACGACCCUAUUUAUGGCAGUUACUAUGUUGACCACAUUAACAGAAGGACACAGUUUGAAAACCCCGUCCUAGAGGCCAAACGAAGGAUCCAACAGCAACAGCAAAUGCAAAGUCAAGGUCUAUCGGCGUUGCCAUUGCCCACAAUAUAUAGAGAAAAGCCUCCAUUUACGAGGGACGCCACACAACUCAAAGGGACGUUCCUCACCACGGUGCUGCAGAAGAGCAAUAUGGGAUUCGGCUUCACCAUCAUUGGUGGGGACGAGCCGGACGAGUUCCUACAGGUCAAGAGCGUCAUACCUGAUGGACCUGCUGCCCAAGAUGGCAAGAUGAACACAGGUGAUGUGAUCGUCUACAUCAAUGACAUCUGUGUUUUGGGCACCACCCAUUCUGAUGUGGUGAAGCUUUUCCAGUCAGUCCCCAUUGGCCAGAGCGUCACCCUGGUGCUGUGUCGAGGUUACCCUCUCCCUUAUGACCCAGAAGACCCCUCCGCUAGCUCCUCCAUGCCCCCUGUGGGCCUAGUGGAUCACCCGUUGCUGCUCAAUGGAAGGAACAACUAUGAAAAUUACAUGGAGUACAUGUCUUUGACUGGCCGCUUAAUACCCGAACACGGCGAGGGCCUUACCCCACAUCCCCAUCCUGGAGACACACACCUGGACGGCUCGCAGCCUCCAUCCCUGACCACACCGGGACCCCCACCUGAUGACAGCGUCUCCAUGGCCUCAUCCUCAGGAGCAACUGCCGGGGCUCAAGUGGCCCCUGAGCUUCUGAGUCUCACUAUAACCAAAGGUGCAGAGGGUUUCGGGUUCACCAUAGCGGACAGUCCCACAGGGCAAAGAGUCAAACAGGUUCUGGAGCCGCAGGGUUGUCCGGGGUUAUGUGAAGGAGAUUUGAUGGUGGAGAUUAAUCAGAAGGGUCUCCAGGGACUCAACCACACACAGGUGGUGCAGCUGCUCAAGGACUGUCCAGUGGGAAGAGAGGCUACGCUUGUCAUUCAGAGAGGAGCAGCAGCAGCAGGAGAAAUUUUGAGGAAUGUGUACACUGCACUUUGCAAUACAACGAUUGCACAUAGCGACCAAGGGCUGUCCAAAGCAUCACAACCUGCAUGUUCCAAGUCUUCUGAAGCCAUGACAGCUUUAGGCCUCUACACACCCUGGGAUCCCACAAAACAGUGGGAUCCUCAAGGAAGCCCCCAGACCAGCUUGUCAGUUGCUUUGCUCCCCCAUGGUGCUCCACAUCCCGGCCAGCCGCUCCAUCGCUCCUCUGUUCCGGACACAGAGGCCUUCCACCUGGGCAAGCCUGACCCCUAUGACCUCUAUGAGAAGUCACGUGCCAUUUAUGAAAGCAGACGUGUGGAGUAUCAGGAAGUGGAAGUGCACCUGCUGCGUGAGAAGACUGGCUUUGGCUUUAGGAUCCUGGGUGGAGACGAGGCGGUGCAGGCUGUGAGUCCGGAGGCCCGUGACAAGAUUGUGAUCGGAGCAAUCAUAGAGAACAGCCCUGCGGAGCGCGACGGCAGACUGCGUCCGGGAGAUGAGCUGGUCUCGGUUGACAGGAUGCCCGUGGCGGGGAGACCACACCGCUACGUCAUCGACCUCAUGCACGCGGCGGCACGAAGCGGACAGGUCACCCUGACUGUAAGGAGGAGAGUUCUGCUGCAGCAGGGCCAGCCAUGUGAGGAAAACGGUGCAGCAGCCAAUCAAAGCAAUUCUCCCCGGGGUCAUGCAGUGUGCCCGGUCAACUUGCCCCCCACCACUGAUGUAGUUAUCCACCGUAAGGAAAGCGAAGGCUUUGGCUUUGUCAUCAUCAGCUCCCUCAACCGUCCAGAGACCACAAACACAAUAACUGUGCCACAUAAGAUCGGCCGCAUCAUCGAGGGCAGUCCGGCUGAUCGCUGUGGGAAGCUGAAAGUUGGUGAUCGUAUUAUGGCCGUCAACUGUCAGUCUAUUAUCAACAUGCCUCACGCUGACAUUGUCAAGCUGAUCAAAGACGCUGGACUCACUGUCACCUUGCACAUCAUCCCAGAAGAAGAUGUAAACGGUGCUCAUUCGGCCCCUACAUCAGAGAAGCAGAGUCCCAUGGUGGCCCAGAAGCACAGCCCUCAGACUCAGUCCAGCCCAGCAGCCCAGCAGAGCCCGACCAUGGCUCAUCCCAGCCCACCAGCCCCCCACCCCAGCCCGGCCACCACACAGCCCAGCCCCCUGCUGAUGGAGCCGGGCCCUGGAGCUCCACACAGCAGCCCACCAGUGACUCAAAGCAGUCUGCCUGUGAGUCAGGCCGGCCUGGAAGCCAUGCAGUCAGGCUCAGCGGUGACUCAGGCUGCUCCUGUUGUGGAUCCGGGCAUGCCGGGAGUUCAGCCCACCUCCAUCGGAUCAGUGCCGGUACCGCCACAGCUGUACCUUCAUGACACCAGGUCAGAGGUUAAAGCCAGGCAGGAUGUUAAGCCUGAUAUCUGCCAAGCUGCAUAUACAGACUACAGACAGCCUCCGGUGGACUACAGACAUCCUCCUGUAGCAGACUACAGACAGCCGCCCACCAUGGAGUACAGACACCCACCUGCUCUGAUAGACUACAGACAGCACUCCAUCGCCGAUUACAGACCACAGGACUAUGACUACUUCACUGUGGAACUGGAGAAAAGUGUGAAGGGAUUUGGCUUUAGUAUCCGGGGAGGACGGGAAUACAAGAUGGACCUGUUUGUGCUGAGACUGGCGGAGGACGGACCUGCGAUCCGCAACGGCAGAAUGAGGGUUGGCGAUCAGAUUAUUGAAAUUAACGGUGAGAGUACGAGAGACAUGAGUCACACGCGCGCCAUCGAGCUCAUCAAGGCCGGCGGUCGUCGAGUACGUCUGCUGUUGAAAAGGGGCACGGGACAGGUGCCGGAAUAUGGAAUGGUACCUACCAACCUUACCAUGUGCAUGAAAAGCGACACUCUAGCCUCACCCUAUUUCUUCAUAAUGGGACACUCUAAAGACACGACAGUGCCGCCUCCCGGAGUGCUGUCUCUCCAGCCGCCCCUGCCUUGUCGGAAGUAGGCUCACCCCGCUAGUGUGACACUCGCCCUUCGCCGUCAUCUCAUCCAGCCUCAAACCCUGGACUUUCAGUGGCAUUCUGUGACAGUCUGGACCAAUCACGGCGCCCCUUGUGGCCAGUUUUGUGGGGCUUUGCCCGCAGAACGAAGGGUGGCAGGUCCACCUGUAAGAGCUGUGCUUUGAACAGCCUAAAAAAUGGAGGAGAUGGAUCAUAAAAGUCGAAAAUAUUAAGAACAGAUGGAGACACAUCAACCUCAAAUGGAUUGUUGCAUCCAACUUGCUUUUCAUAUAGACUUUGAUCCAAGUUUGUUUUUCAUUUUUCCGGACGAUCCAGAUGAAUGGCAGCCAAAGACGCGUGGCUCGCCCUCGCUGUUUAAUUCUGGAUCCAGAGCGGAAACUUCUCACAGGGGAACGAGCCGAACUUUCAACACCUCGUUCUUCCAUCCGGUGGACCCGAGCUCACUUUAUUUGUUUAUCAUGUAGAGGUUGUUUAUUUUUUGUAUAAUUUCAAGACGUUCGUACCAAUCCCCUAGCGAUGCCGGGGGUCAAAUAUCGCAAAUAUAUGUGUAGCAUGAAAAGAGAUUUCCGAAGAAACACACUAACUUGUUGAGUUGAGAACUUCAACAUUUCAGUAUUGCGUUUCGUUAUAUGUCUGAUGGGAAAAAACACACCAUAGACAUUGUGAAACACUGACAGUAAAUAUAAAGGGAGACAUGAUGGAGAUACAAGGGUAAGUAUCACGCCGACCCAUUCGGCCUGAAUUAUGGGAGGCAAAUGCAUAUCAAUCAUCAAAUCUGCCGUAUGGACGUACCCCUUUAGAUCCCAAGACAAUAUGUUACAUUAGUAUGGUUCAGUCGAUGAAUUCCACACCCAGCCAAAUGUUCGGUUACAUUGCGAACUGAACCGAAGAAGGAGCGAGGAUGUUUUCGAAGCCUCAGUACAUCAUUCUGGCCUCAUUGUCCCUGUACUGUGUGCCACCACUGUGGAUUUGGGGUGCCAUCUUACACCUCACAAGCUUCAUUCCCAUGUCUCCGAUGGCUCUGUAGUUCAUGGAAGCUAAUUAGCGGAGCUAAUUAAAAAAAGAUGGUUUUUCAGGACAGUUUGGUCUGAGACUAGGAGACAUGUAGUCUUUCACCGUGUCCUAACCAAGUGCGACAUGACAAAUAAUUUGCCUGUUCGCUCCGAACGUGAAAAUGCUGUGUAAUGCAACAAAAUCACACCCAGUCAGAACUUAUUUGUCAUGUAGUACACAGCAAUGUGGAUUUUGGACCAAUAAGAUGUAACUAUGGGCAGGGCUACAUACAAAUAAAUUUGGGUUUUGGACCAAUAAGAUGGCAGUGGGCGGGGCUACAUACACAAAUUGGCAAAAUUUCCUGCCGCUUGUUACAGUUGCGUCUAGUUAGGACAAAAAGUCAACAUGAAAUCAAAUUUGACUCUAUUUCUAAUGCACAUUCCUGAUCAAGAUGUGCAUGAUAUUUUGGUAUCAUACCGGUUAUUGGUUGAUAUUGGAUAUUUAAUUUUGCGUUUUGAUAUUUAAAAUGCUAAU